AUGGCUAGUAAGAAAAAACAUGUCGAGAAACUUCCAAUAGCAUCUUUAGCCGAACCAGUGAGAAAAAGUGUUUUAGAUGUGAUACAAUACAAUCUUCGUGCCAUUGGUUACAAAAUGGAAAAUAUUAUACAGGAUUUACACAUGGAUUACAAUAACAUGCCUAUUACAGGACUAUUUCUUGUUUACCCAUCAUAUUACAUUCACAUAUUAGAGGCGUGGGAAGAUAUCAUUUAUAAGCACUACGAGCUUAUGUACGCCAUGAACGAUGAUGAAUGCAAAUUCGGAAAAGCAAUUCUUUUGCCUUCGUAUCAUCACGUUCAUCAAAGAUUCUUCUCAGGAUGGUGCCACGUCUACAUGAUACCGCUGACUUUAAUAGGGACGUUAGAAGCUUAUGCAUUGGACGAAAUUCUAAAGCAAGUCUCAAACUGUCUAAUAAAGGUGUACACGUUAUGCGAGUAUAUUGCAAACGCGGUGCAUGGAAAGUCGAUCGACGCUCAAGACGUGCUACGAAACUUGGGAGACAAAGCGGCCCGAUAUCUCCCCGAGAGCACAGUUCUCGAGUUUCUCUUGAACGUGAAUUCGCCCGUGCUCAAAACCAUCGAGGAGUAUUUGCAAAUGUAUUCCGAUGCAUCGCCGAGUGCAUUCUGGGAUGACAAUAAUAUCUGGCCACCGCCUUGCGAUAUUAUGCCUCGGGACGCGUUCGAUGGCUCGAAGGUUCCGGAUUACCGGAACAGUGAAAAGUAAAAAUGUGCCCUGGAAACCAACUGUCGCAAGCAAGAUGCGGAAAAAUGAUGAUUUAUCUUCUUUCUUUUUUUUCCUCUUGAUGUUUUCCUUGAA